AUGACCUCGGGGCCGAAUAACACCACCAACAUCUACGACCCUAUCGAGGUCGCUCGAGCGAAUCCGUACUUCAAGCGGAACCACAUGGGCCAGGUGACCUGCACGCUCUGCGGUAUCUACUGCCCCGAGGAGAACAACUUUCUGAAGCACAUCGCCGGCAAGACGCACGCGCUACAGCUUGAGCGGCGUCAGCACAAGGAGCUGCGUCACCUUCGGCUGCAGGAAGAAGAGCGACUGAACACUGAGGCGGAAGAGCGGGCGCGUAAAGAGGAAGCGCUGCUGGCUCUGAGCGGUGGGCAGGCGGGCAGCGGCGCGGCAGGUGGUGCUGGCGCGCUGAGCUCUGCGGCCGCUGCUGCUGCGAAUGCCCGUUUCGGUACCCCGCUGUAUUCCUUCCGGACGGAGCACGACGAGGUGGCGUAUCGCACCAAGGUCUGGAUCGAGGUGAUGUUCACGCAGGCCGAGGAGGGCACACGUCCACUGCAUCGCUGGCUGUCGGCGCGCGAGCAGCACGUUGAGAAGCCGCCGGAUGACUACUUCGUGUAUCUACUGUUCGCUUGCGAGGGGUACACCACCGUCGCGUUAAAGUUUCCUGCCAAGGCGAAUCGCUCACAGCCGCGGGACGUGCUGGAGGAGGCGGACGGGAGCACGUCGGAGGCGUACUGGUGCUCUUGGGACCCUCUCCAGAAGGUCUACACACUUUUCUUCGCACUCAGCCGCUAG